GCGAUAAGGAGGGAAGUGAGAAUGCGUUGGGCAUGCUCUAAAAGCAAAGUGACGACUUUGACUUUACCAAUAGUUUUCUAUAGCAUGUGGUUCAUUGUGGAGAAUAAGUGGGGGGAAUCCGGUGGUAAGAAUGAUCAACUCCUCUUUGUGAUCCAUGAUGUAUUCUUACUUGAGAACCAACUGCCCUUCCAACUCCUUGAGAUAUUGAUAGACUUGUGCAUUAAAAUCUCAAAUGAAGGAGGAGAAAAUCCUCAGGAAGUAUUGAAGGUUUGCAUCGGCCAAUUCAUCAAGGAGAAAUUCUUGAGUUCAGCCGAGCAAAUAUCAGUACCCAUUAAUGCUCAGGUUGAUUCUCAGACUCCUCUUUGUGCUGAGCAGCGACAACAAGAAGAAGAGCCUUUUCAUCUUCUGGCACUGUUGCGAAGUGAACUGAUAGGACAAGGAGUCAAAUCACAAGGGAAGCCGAAUGAUAAAGAUAGUCUUCUGGGGAAACUGAUGAGGAAAUGGUGCUCUUCUGGUGAUAAAAGCAGAAAAUUUCCCACAUUUCGCAACGUAAAGGAGCUGAAAGCCAAGGGUGUUCGUUUUAAAGCGAAGGAAAAGAUUGAUGGCAUCACAGACAUUGAUUUCAACUACCGUUCUUGCUUGCCAACCCUUAUGCUGGCUCCCAUUUUAGUGAACGACUCCACCAUGCCAAUUUUGCUGAACUUGAUAGCAUACGAGAUGUCUUCAGAUUUCAAAAACGAGUUUGAGAUCUCCUCGUGCAUAGAAUUUCUCGAAUCCUUGAUCGAUAGUGAGGAGGAUGUGAAGGAACUGAGAGAAGCAGGCGUGCUGUUCAACGGACUUGGAAGCGAUGAAGCUGUCGCAGAGAUGUUCAACAAGAUCAGCGACUACCUGGUGCCGAAUCCUGUGAAGUACAAAAAGUUGAAAGAUCGUAUCCAAGAGCACUGCGACUUAAUAUGGGCCAGUGACGUUGCUUACUUCUAUUACACUCAUUUCAGUAUUCCCUGGAGCUUCUUGGUCUUCCUCGGUGCCGCAUCUGGUCUUGUUAUGACAGGUCUGUCGACUUAUAAUAGCUUCAACUAACAAACUGGCUCCACUGGACGUUGAUAAUUACUAUUACCAUCCCUAGUUACUCUGAUACUAUUACGAUGUGUGUGUGUCUUUAGCUGUCUGGCUUUAAAAUAAUUGGAAAUGCUCAUGUGUGUGUUAUCAACCAAGAAAAUAAAUGCGUUUUGGCAUA